GUUUUUAUGAUUAACUCGAGUAAUCUACAGCUUUUAGAAUUAUGUAUGUGUUCUAAUUACUUGAAGGCUUAACCAUGGCUGACUGACAUAAGUGGUAUUGUGUGUGUAUGGGAUGUUUUUAUGUAGAAAUGGAUUACAUGAAGUGGGCUGUGACGGUGAUUGGCCUGUUGCCACCGCUACUGAUCAUUCUCUACAAGCUAUGGCUGGGAAGGAGAAUUUCAAACAGGGCGAACAAUGUUGAUAAUGCCUCUCGAACGUUAGACUCUAUUGCUUCUGCUUCUGGUUCUGCAGAUUCUGACACUUUGCUGCCCCUACCAUUUGGAGAGUAUGAAGUGUUUCUGAAUUUUCGAGGUCCAGACACUCGUUAUCAGAUCACCGACAUCCUUUUUCGGUUUCUUGUUAACUUAAAAAUCCGCACGUUCAAGGAUGAUGAUGAGCUCCGGAAAGGGGAAGGGAUAUGGCCCAAUCUCGUCGAGGCUAUCGAGCAAUCCAAGAUCUAUGUUACCAUCUUCUCUGAGAAUUAUGCAUAUAGCAAGUGGUGUCUCAAAGAGCUUGCUGUAAUUGUUGAACGCCAGGAGAGAAACCAAGGUUGCAUCAUACUCCCCAUUUUCUAUAUGGUGGAUCCCAGAGACGUACGACAUCAAAGUGGACCUUAUCUAAGAGCAUUUCGUCAACACGAGAAUUUUUUUGAUGAAGAGACCAUAAGAAUCUGGAAAGCUGCUCUGAAUAAGGUUGGAGCUUUGAAAGGAUGGCAUGUCAAAAGCAAUGACGAGCAGGGUGCUAUAGCAGAUCUUGUUACUGGUCUUGUAUGGUCACAUCUGAGUAAGAAUAAUGUUUUAGAGACUGAUAAGUUGAUUGGAAUGGAUGAUCACAUAGAAGUAGUAAAAGAAAGAUUGGCCCUAGACUCUUCAUGUAUGACAAUUGUUGGCAUUCAUGGUAUUGGUGGUAUAGGUAAGACCACUAUUGCAAAGGCUGUUUAUAACAAAGUAUCCCCUCAAUUCGAUCGUUGUAGCUUUGUGGAAGAUGUUCGGGAAAUGUUACAGCAAAGGGAUGGUAUUAUCAUUUUGCAGAAGCAUAUCAUCUCAGACAUUCUAAGGGUGAAGAACUUUGCUGAAUCCAUUGCCAAUAACAGUGCAGGAAUCAGAAUCAUAAAAGAUAGAGUUUCUCGUUUCAAAUUUCUUAUUGUUCUCGAUGACGUGGAUGAGAAGUUUCGAUUUGAUAAGAUAUUGGGAAACAUCAAGAAUUUUGUUUCGGGGAGUAGAUUCAUCAUUACGUCUAGAAACGUAAAAGUUUUGAGUACUUUGACUGAUGACUGCAAGUUAUAUAAAGUACUAGAAAUGAAUCAUUCUCACGCACUCCAACUAUUCUGCAACCAUUCAUUCAAACAGGAUUCUCCUCCAUCUAGUUAUGAGACUUUGUCGAAUGAUAUUGUUUCUGUUGCAGCUGGACUUCCAUUGACUCUUAAAGUUGUAGGGUCACUAUUAUUUCAAGAGGAGAAAGUGAUUUGGGAAGACAAAUUGAGGCAGUUAAAAGAGAUUCCAGAGGAAGAGGUUGUGGAAAGGUUAAAGAUAAGCUAUGAUACAUUAAAUGAAGAGGCAAAGCAGAUUUUCUUAGAUAUUGCUUGUUUCUUCAUCGGAGAGGACAAAGAUCUACCUUCUUAUAUGUGGAGUGAUUGCGAUUUUUUCCCUAUAUCCAAUAUCAAUAUUCUUAGACAGAGGUCUAUGAUUGAAAUUGCAUCUCAUGAUUCUCAUAAACCACAAUUGCUCCGAAUGCAUGAUCAACUUAGAGAUAUGGGUAGAGAAAUUGUACGCCAGGAAAGCAUAAGACAUCCAUGGCAGAGAAGUAGGAUAUGGUCGAAGAAGACGACUCUCGACAUGUUACGUAACAAAAAGGAAACAAACAGAGUCGAGGGCAUUAGAACAUCCUAUGAGGGUGAUGGGGAGGGCCUCGAGAAAGAAUGCUUUAUGAAUUUAUCAGAGUUAAGAUACUUUGACAUAAUAGCUACGGUGCUCUCUGUCGACUUUAGUAGUUAUCUUUUGAAUUUAAGAUGGCUUCGAUUGAAGAUUGGAUAUGGUGGGUUUAUGCCUAAGUUUUGUGUGGAAAAUUUGGGGAUUCUCGAAUUAUUAAGCCCAGUGAAGGAUGGUUGGAAAGGUUUGAAGCACAUCAAGAUGGCCAGCAAGCUCAAAGUUUUGAAACUUUCGGGUGAGUUUCUUAUUGAAUAUCCCCAGUUUCCACAUUCCAGGAGUCUAGAGGUAUUAUAUCUGGAGAAUUUUGGGCCUCAGUCAUCCCAUGAAGACUUGGAUAUUGGGAAUUUGCUGAACCUUAAAGUGCUGCUUCUGCGGUAUUGUGAGGUAAGAUCAAUUACGGGUGGAACCAUUGGGAUGAUGAAGGGGCUUCGGGAGCUCAACAUCACUGAUUUAAGGUUUCAGAAGAAUCUGAGAGAAGCCCUUGCUGAUAUUGGAGAAUUGCAGUUUCUCGAAAUCUUGAUAGUGGAGCUAAGAAAUGAGAAUUUAAUGCUGGAUACUAAGCUUCCACCAAGUUUGAAGGUGUUAGUAACUCCAUUUCCAAUUGCCAACCUUCCAGAGCUGCUAGAGUUGGAGAAACUAACAGUUAAUGAAUGUGAGCUGAAGAUCCCUCUAGCGGACAGUAGUAAUAUGUGGUGGAAGAUAUCCAAAUUGAAGCAUUUAAAGCUCUACAGGACAAAGAUCACUAUCCCAAUUAAUACUUCCUUGCCUCUGCUUCCAUCAUCACUGACCACCCUCCACAUCGAUUCUUGUUCCGAGCUGGAGUGCUUCCCAAGUCUUAAGAAUCUGGAGAACUUGACUGACUUAUCCAUCGAAUGCUGUCCCAUCCUCAAGGAGAUCCAUGGUCUUGGAGGGCUGAAAUCUUUACGAACUCUGAGUAUAGUACAAACUGCAUGCAAUCUGGACGGUCUUGAGAGUCUCCACUCUUUGACGUCCUUGAAACUUACAGGUUGUGAUGCAUUGGAAAGACUGCCCAGCAUGGCGUCUUUGAGCAAGUUACUUGAUUUGGAUAUCUCUUUCUGUGAUAGUCUCACAGAAAUCCAAGGUCUUGGAGGGCUGAAAUCGCUGCGAAAGUUCAGGAUUUUUUGUGCAAAGAAUUUAACUCAUCUCCUCGGCUUUGAAACUCUCCUAUCUUUUAACAAGAUGGAAUCUUUAACCAUACAGUACUGUCUUAAUCUCACAUCGGUGCAAUUCCAUGACCUUGAUGAUGAACGCCUAUUAGAAGAAGUAGCACUCAACUCUUUACGGCAGCUAGACAUCUGUGGAACUAUGCCACUGCUGCAGAUCUUCUGCCGGAUGUUUCAGCUGUCAAUGUUCCCAUGUCUCACAGAGUUGACACUGACCGGUUUGGCGCAUGAUUACCAUUAUGAAGAUAUGGAAUUACACCUGCAUGGGCUCGAGUCGAUGGUAGAGUUAGUUGAGUUGUCUUUGCAUACCAUGGUCUCAAUACGCAGACUACCUUCCUUGUCGAAGCUGCAAAACUUGAAAAAGUUAAUUGUCACGUAUGCUCCAAAUCUGCUGGAGAUUGAGGGACUUGCUGGUUUGAAAUCCUUGGAACACUUAAGUCUCACCGACUGUAGAUCUUUGGAAAGAUUGCCUGCAGAUCAACUAUCUGGUUUGAAGCAGUUGGAAAGUGUGUACAUUAGCGGUUGCACAAAGUUGAUUGAUCGAUCUUCUCUCAGUACACUACAGAAUGUAGAGAUACAGUGGUCAGAUUCUGAAACCGAGAGCUCGGAUGCAUAACUGGCGCAAAAGUCUAUUUUCUUACCUUCAAGCUUUGAUGACUAAACGAUCUCGGUAUUUGGAUUAGUAAAGAUAAACAGGAUUUCAGGAUGGAGGAUCAUGGGAAAGCUGAUGAAGGAGGAUGUCCUUCAAUGGUUCCAUUAUGUGAGCAUUGCUCUCAGAUGGACAAUGUAUCUUCCCACCGGCGAAAGACAUUCACGUCUUUCGUCUGGCCCUUUCGAUAAUCUCGAGUCUUAACGUGUGCAUCGAUCUGAAUGUUUGAAUCUUCAUAUCGAUCGUAGGACGCUAUGUGAUUAUCUGGCUAUGCCUCUAACUACACUGGUGUGAGCUUUUGUGGUCUGUGCAUAAACAUUAUACUGUGAUGUGCUGUUGAUGGGCUUUCUAGAUUCUGGGUAACACUCAGAACUAGCAGGUAGUCAUCAUUUUUCCACUGAUGUAAACCACAGUGACAAUAACGUCAGUUACUGGAGUUCUCAUGCCUAGUAGUACAUAUGAGUUGCAUAACACGAGGAAGACUGGCAAGCAUUAUGUCAUUGGCCCAAGUAUCUGGCUGUAUGGGCCGAGCCUGCAAAAGAAAGGAGCCAGAUAAAACAAACGCAGGUACGUCGCUGAGCCCAGAAAACGAGCUACGGGAAUGCAGCCCAAUAGCCCAUGCCAAAAGAUAUCCUCCAAGUCAACGAAGAUCUACUCUAUGCCAAAGUCGUCGUUCAUGGUCGUCGGUUUAGUUCCCGCCUCCGUCUCCAUUCCGUCUUUAACAUCAUCAGUUCAUCUCUCUCCUCCAUGUUCACAGUCGAUUUGCAGAAGCAACCACUACGAAUUACGAAAUGCUUCUCUCUCAUCUGACUGAAUUCUCUUCUUGAGCUGCAGCGGAUUCAAUCAACGGAAGGCCUGUUCUCCUCUAAGAAAUGUGGUCCGGUGGAAGAAUCUGUGGCUCUCCAAAUUGUGAUGACGAUGAUCCGUUUGGAAAGAACAAGAAACAGAAAACAUACAGUGCAGCGCAAUGGGAUGGUGCUGCUUCUACUUCUGCUUCCGACUCUGCUUAUUCUAGUUCCCAAUCCUUGCCAUGGGGAGAGUACGAGGUGUUCUUGAAUUUCAGAGGUCCGGACACUCGUUAUCAGAUUACUGAUAUCCUUUAUCGGUUUCUUGUUAACUUGAAAAUCCGUACAUUCAAGGAUGAUGAUGAGCUCCGGAAAGGGGAAGGGAUAUGGCCCAAUCUCGUCAAGGCGAUCGAGCAAUCCAAAAUCUACGUUCCAAUCUUCUCGAAGAAUUAUGCUGAUAGCAAAUGGUGUCUCAGAGAGCUUGCCGCAAUUGUUGAACACCAAGAGAGAAACCAGGGUUGUAUCAUACUCCCCAUUUUCUAUAUGGUGGAUCCCAGGGACGUACGGCAACAAACUGGACCUUACCACAAUGCAUUUAAGCAGCAUCAACAGAAUUUUGACGAGGUGACCAUAGGAAUCUGGAAAGAUGCCCUGAAUAAAGUUGGAGCUUCAAAAGGAUGGCACGUUAAAAGCAAUGACGAGCAGGGGGCUAUAGCAGAUCUUGUUACUGGUGUUGUCUGGUCACUUCUAACUAAGAAUAGUAAUGUGUUAGAGACGGAUAAGUUGGUUGGAAUUGGUGGUCACAUAGAAGCUCUAAAAGAAAGAAUGGCCCUAGACUCUCCAUGUGUAACAAUUGUUGGCAUUCACGGUAUGGGUGGCAUUGGUAAGACCACUAUUGCAAAGGCUAUCUACAACGAAGUAUCUGCUCAAUUUGAUCGAUGUAGCUUUGUGGACAAUGUAAGAGAAAUGUUACAGCAAAAGAAUGGUGCUAUCAAUUUGCAGAAGCAUAUCAUCUCAAAUAUUCUGAGGGUGAAAUCUGAUGAAUCCAUUGCUAAUGCCAGUGAAGGGAUUGGAAUUAUAAGAGAUAGAAUUUCUCGUUUCAAAUCUCUUAUUGUUCUCGAUGACGUGGAUGAGAAGUUUGAAUUUGAUGAAAUCUUGGGAAACAUCAAAAGUUUUCUUUUGGGGAGUAGAUUCAUCAUUACGUCUAGAAAUGUUAGAGUUUUGAGUACUUUGACCGAUGAUUGCAAGUUGUAUAGAGUACGAGAAAUGAGUCAUCAUCAUUCACUCCAACUCUUCUGCAAUCAUGCAUUCAAAAGGGAUUCUCCUCCAUCAAACUUUGAGACUUUGUCAAAGGAUAUAGUAUAUGUGGCAGCAGGACUUCCGUUGACACUGAAAGUUGUAGGGUCACUUUUAUUUCAAGAGGAAGAAGCGAUUUGGAAAGACAAGCUGAGACAGUUAAAAGAGAUUCCGGAGGAGAAGGUCGUGGAAAGGUUAAAGAUAAACUAUGAUACAUUAAAUGAAGAGGCGAAGCAGAUUUUUUUAGAUAUUGCUUGUUUCUUCAUUGGAGAGGACAAAGAGCUGCCUUCUUAUAUGUGGAGUGAUUGUGGCCUUUUCCCAAUAACUAAUAUCAAUAUUCUCAUACAGAGGUCAGUGAUUGAAAUUGUGGUUAAAGGUUCAGAAAAAAAGCUUUUGUUCCACAUGCAUGAUCAACUCAGAGAUAUGGGUAGGGAAAUUGUACGUCAAGAAAACAUAAGGCAUCCAUGGAAGAGAAGCAGGAUAUGGUCGAAGGGGAAAGCGCUAGACAUGUUAUGUAACCGAAAGGGAUCAAACCUAGUCGAGAGCAUUAGAAUACGCCACAAUGGUGCUAAGCUUGGGAAGAUUCAGAAAGAGUGCUUCAUGAAUUUAUCAGAGUUGAGAUACUUGGAGAUAGAAGCGAGUAUGCUCAUUGAUGACUUCAGUAAUUACGUUCCAAGUUUAAGAUGGCUUCGGUGGUCAAUAGGAUUUUCUGAGUGUAUUCCUAAGUUUAGUGUGGAAAAUUUGGUGAUUUUUGAAGUUUUAGGCUUUGUGAGAGAUAUGUCGGAAGCUUUGAGGCAUAUCAAGAUUGCAAGCAAGCUCAAAGUUCUGAAACUUUCGCGUUGCUGGCUGGACGAAUUUCCUGAGUUUCCACGUUCUGGGAGUCUCGAGAUAUUAGAUCUGAGGAAUUGCUUCCACCAUCCGCAGAUUCUUAAGGACCUGCAUAUUGGGAAUUUAGGUAAUCUAAAAGUGUUGCGUCUGCGUGAUUGUGGGGUCAGAGAGAUAAUAGGUGGAACCGUUGCGAUGAUGCCGUUUGAGAAUCUAAAAGUGCUGCAUCUGCAGGAUUGUGGGGUGAGAGAGUUAACAUGUGGAACUUUUGGGAUGAUGCCAAUGGAGAACCUAAAAGUGCUGCAUCUGCUUCCGUCAUCUCUGACCACCCUCCUUAUUAUACAGUGUCCAAAACUGGAGUGGCUCCCCAAUCUAGAGAACCUAGAGAACUUGACUUACUUAUCCAUCGGUGGAUGUCCCUUCCUAAAGGAGAUCCUUGGUCUUGUAGGACUGAAAUCAUUGGAAACUCUGCGUAUAUGUGAUAUGAACGCUCUGCGCAAUGUGGACGGUUUUGAGAGUCUCUACUCUUUGAAAUCCUUGACACUGAGAUGUUGUGAUGCAUUGGAAAGACUGCCCAGCAUGGGGUCUUUGAGCAAGUUACUUAAUUUAUAUAUCUCUAACUGCCAUGGUCUCACAGAAAUCCAAGAUCUUGGAGGGCUGGAAUCUUUGCAAAUGCUUGACAUUCAUGAUGCAAAGAGUUUAAGUGGUCUCUUUGGCUUUGAAACUCUCCUGUCUCUUAACAAGCUAGAAAUUUUAAAGAUUGGUGGCUGCCCUCGUCUUACAUCAUUACUGUUCCAUGACCUUGAUGAUGGUUGCCAAUCCCAAGCAGCGGUACUCGACUCCUUACAGGAGCUAAACGUCUGUGGAACAACGCUAAUGCUGCAGAGCUUCUGUCGGAUGAUUCAACUGUUAAUGUUCCCAAGUCUCACCGAGUUGACACUUGGAGGGGUGAAAAUUGGUAAUGGUUACACGGAACUACUGUUGGAUGGGCUCGAGUCUAUGGAAGGGCUGGUUAGACUGCAUUUGUAUGACUUAGCUUCAAUAAGGAUACUACCUUCCCUAUCAAAGUUGGGAAACUUGGAAAGGUUAACUGUAAAAAAUGCUCCAAAUCUGCAAGAGAUUGAGGGCCUUGGUGGUUUGAAAUCCUUGAAAGAGCUACAUCUCAUCAGAUGCACAUCAUUAGAAAGUGUGCCCGCAGAUGAGCUAUAUGGUUUGGAGAGAUUGGAAAGCCUGGACAUCCGUGGCUGCACAAACUUGAAAAAUCGAUCUUCCUUAAGAAAACUAGAGCCAACAGUAAAGAUACAGUGGCCUAAUUCUGGCCACACAGUACGCGGUGUGUAAUCUGUUUCCUUAACUUCUUCAAAUGUUGGAAUCUUUGAUGGCAAACGAAUCUCAGUCUUCAGGUACUGAAGGUAUCAUCCUCUGUCGUAUUUAUAGUUACCUUAAGUGUAGAAUUUGAAAACCUUUUGUGUUCAGGGUUGUACAAGGUUUGCCAUAUGGCUUGACAAUGUUACUUAUUUCUCCUACUCUACAUCGUAGCUGGUCUAUCAGUUCAGCUUCUUCCUUUCUGAAAUAUCUCAUAUUUGUCAUUUCUGCAUACAUAGUUACUUUGUGCCUAUCAUCUCUCUCACUCGGGUGGGACAACGUAUCGUAUGUUCCAACCUGCUACCUUUCACUAAUCUCGAUGACUCUUAAGGCUGGCUGAUAACCUUGAUAAGCUUGAUCCGAUCCUUAGCUAUGCAUAUAAAAUUUCGUACUUUUGUGUCAAUGGUAGGAUGCUGUCUAGUUAUCUGCUUGUGCCUCACUGAACAUUGUUCAAUUGGUUUAAACCAAUGACUCAAAAGGCAAUAGUCACUGCCAUUUUAUUUUUUUGUGAACUACAAUGGUGAUAACGUGAGCUCCUUCCAGCAGGCCUCUUGCUUAGGGUACUACCCCAAGUAAAGAACUCUGGAGAAGACGGUAACUACAACACCAGUUGAUCGUUGAGACGAUGACAUAGAUUCUGGUUUUGUGGGUGGUGUCUAUUUCGGAUGAAGUAUUUAGACCUCCCAUCAACGGGUUGUCAUUAGUGGAUUUGGCGACUGGAGAGAAUCUUCAAGCAUUGUGCUACAGACAGACGCAGUCGGCAGUCCAUGGAGAAAACUUUGAUUUAGCUAUUAGUAGAAUGUCCACAUGGCCAAGAGUGAUGACUGAUGUGUGCUAUUUUGUUGAGUGAAUCGAACUAUUUGCUCACUUGCCCUUAAAUUUCUUGGGCGGCCGUAUUGAAGUAUGCAUACGGUUUUAGUCUGUAUGGUCUGUGAACUGUGAUCAAACUGUUCAUGGUAGCCUCUCAGACCUGUAAUUUUAGUUCUA